GGCAACACCCUUAAACAUGAUAUUCUUAGCCAUGAAUACGGCUGAGACCGUUGACUGCUUUUUCGGUUUAAUGAAAGCUUGUUGGCUCUGCGCAAACUUUCGGGCGUGACUUUUAGGACGACUGCCCCACAUGAAUUAUACGCAUCAUUGCUCCUAAGCAGUCUUUGCUGUCUCGCCAUGCCAAUCGGAUCCCCUUUGUCGCGUUUCCGCGCAAGGCGCUCCCGAAGCGUCGUGCAGGCAUCUCUGUCGGCUUGGAGUCUCCCCUGGAAUGGCCCCUAAGUCUAAGGUAGCUGAGCUUGAAGCCAAGCUAAGCAGCAAGGAGUCGGAGCUCCAGGCGGCGCAGGCGGCCUUCACCAAGGCCGAGGCAUCCCGAGCUAAGCUUAAACAGUACUUGGAGGCCUUCCGCGAGCAAGCCGUCAACACCACCCAGGUCAUCACCCAGUUCCAACAGCUCCAGACCGAGCACAGCGCCCUGCAGCAGGCGCACCAGCAGCUGCAGUCCGAACUCCGGGACCUCCGGCAGCAGCACCAGCGGGCCAGCGAGGACAACGAGCGGCUGCGGCGGGAGGCAGCGGCACAGGCCGCCCUGCGGCAGGCGCAACAAGACAGGAAUCACCAGCAGGAGAAGGAGCGGCAGGAGCGGGAGAAGGAGCGGCUCCGGCAGCAGUGUGCGGAGCUGCAACGCGAGCAGCAGCGGACGCGGGAGGAGCUGCAGCGGCUCCGGAGCGAGACUCAGCGGUUGGUGCAGGAGAACAAGCGGUUGCUGCUUGAGCAGCGGGAGCAGCAGCAGCGGCGGCAGCAACAGCAGGUGGAAGAGGAGGAGGGGAAGCAGCGGCCAGAGGUCAGACAGACCAAGCAGGAGCAGGAGGAGGGAGUUCAGGGGACUGGCGUGGCGGUGGCGGUUGUUGCCGACGGUGCUGAUGACGAUACACACCACCAGCAGCAACAGCUCCUGCAGCUGCAGCGUACCAUUGAGGAGCUGCAAGCCCAGCUGAGCCUGGCGCAGCAGCAGCAGCGGCAGCAACAGCAACCGCAACUUGAAGUACCCUUGCAAGGCCUUCAGCAACAACAAGGAUUGGAACAGCUGCAACAGGAGCAGGAGCAGCAAGGGAGGGAUCAGGAGCUUCAGCAGGGGCAGAGGCAGGCUCCGGGUCCGCAGCCGGCGACACGCACAGCGCCUGUCCUCGCAACAGCGGCUACAGCGGCGGGCGAGGCUGCGGUGGUGCGGCGUCCGGGCGGUGCGGACAGCGCGCCGCAGUCUGCUGCCGCCAGUGCCACGCUGGGAGUGGGUAACGGUGACGGCGAGGACUACGACAGCGACGGGGGCGGCGGCGGGCAAGGCGGCGAGGGGCGGGACACGCAGCAGCGGGCUGAGAAGGCGCGCGUGGCGGCCUUCGAGCGUUCUAAGCACACCGGAGCUCAGGAGCAGGACGGCGGUAGGGAGCGCGGGAGGCGGCGGAAGGAGGAGGAGCAGUGGAGGAGGGAGCAGCAGCAGCGGGAGCAGGAGGCGCGGCGGCUGGUGAAGGAUCUUGAGUCGGCUGAGGGUCGACGGCAGGUGGCGGAGGCGGCGCUUGAGGCGGCGCGGCGGGAGCUAGCGGCGUUGCGGCGACGGGAGGCGGAGCAGCGGGAGGAGAUGGAGGAGUUGCGGGCUCUUCUACAAGCCCUGCAGGCUCAGGUGCUGCAGCACUCCGUCGCGCUCGACCGCCACGACGAAACCCUCAACCGCCACAACUCCCAACUAACGCAGCAGGCGGCUGCCGUACAGCAUCAAACCACACAGAUUGAGCAGCUGGCGGCCGCACGCGCAGAUGACAGGGCCCGCGGGGCUCAGGCGCUGGCGGGGUUGGAGCGGCGGCUGGGAGCCCGAGUGGGAGCGGUAGAGGCGGGCGGCGCUGAGCUGCGCGCGCGACUAAACGGCGUGACGACGCAGUUGGCAGGCGUGUUCCGCACACAUAGCAUCUUGAGAGCUGCUUUUGGCGGGGACGGUGGCGGUGGCGGCGGCGAGUGGGACAGGGUGCCUGAAGCGGCAGCGGAUCUGGAGCUGGGGCCGUCGCUGGCGCCGCUGGCGGCACCACAUCCGGGAGGGCAGGGAGGGCAGCGCGCGGAUGUCGCAGCCGCGGCGGGAGCGGGCAGGGCUGCGCCACGGUUAGUGGAGCUAGGAGGCCGUGAGGAGGAGGAGGAGGAGGAGGCUGCGGCUCUUAGCCACCGCGAUAAACGGAGGAGGCUUGUCGGGCCCGAUGGAGCUGGUCCCGGUGCCGGUGAUGGCGAGUUGGAAGAGCCCAUGGGCGCAUGGGACGCUGACAUGCCCAGUCAGCAGGAGCCGCAACAGCAGCAUCUGGGGCCACAAGCUUUGCCACCACCGCAGGAGGCUGGGCUAGUGCCUUACCCGCCAACACAAGCCCCCGCGCCCUCCCCAGCCACGCGUAGAGGGGCAGGGUACAACCCCUUUGCCCUGCCGCCCUCAGCGUCCGACCACCCCCAGCAUGCAAGCACAGCGGCGGUAGUGGAGGCGCCAGCAGCGGAGCCCCUUCGCCGUCGCGGAGUCGGCCGGCCUCGAAAGGAGCGCUCGCCUGGCGAGUUCUUAGCAACGCUACUGGAUGGGAAAGCCACGGCGCCAAGCCUCCUCGCCAAGAUUGCCUCGGCGGCGGCGCGGCGAGCGGCGGAGGCGGUGCGCAACGGUGUCGUACAUCCUGAGCCGCUGGCGGCGGCGGUUUGCAGCGCCGUACUCCGCUGCUGCAAGGCUCGCGUCGGCGUUGCUGCCAUUGCCGCUGCGGAUGCUGACACUGAGCUACGGAAUUGUAGCGGGGUAGGGCAGACCAUGGGCUCUGCUGGUGCCGCUGCUGCUGGCGUUGAGGAGCUUCAACAGGAGCCGAAGCCUGCUGCUGCUGCUGCAAGUGGCAUUGCUACGGCCAGGGGCGCCGCCGGCUCGUCCAAAAAGAGUACGACCGGCACCGGCGGAGGCGGUAGUGACUUCCUGUCGCUGUUGCUGCCGCCAGGCCGGGGCAGCGGCGGUCGCAGCGGCGGCGCGACGCUUGCAGACGCGUUGAGCUCCCUGUGGUGCAAGCCGCCUGAGCUGCAGCGGCAGGUGCCCAAAUGGCUGCUGCAGAUCGUGCGGGAGGCUGACAUGCUGCUGGGUGGGCCCUACGGAGGCCCCGCCGCUGCAGCUGGGGCAGCUCCGGCGGCAGUUGCAGCCACGGAGCACGGCGGUGGCAGCGGUGCCGGCACCGGCUUGGAUGCCGGGCCGCAGGUGACCUCAGGAGGACAGACGGACGGGGAGGGCAUCAGGUCAGCUGCAGGGCGGCGGCUGACAGGGCAAGGCGGGACAGGCGGCGGUGGCGGUGGUGGCUGCCGGUUGCUGGGUGGGUUGUUGGUGCGACAGUUAAAUGCCGUUGCUUGCUACCCGCUGGGUGGCGCCGCCGAGGCGGAAGCGGAUGAGGUGGAGGCGGGCGGGCGGGGUGAGGGUGAGGGUGCGGUGGAGGCAGCGGGGUCUGCAAGCGGCGCGGCGCAGGGGGCGCUGCCGCCCUCACCGCUGGCGGCCCCACGGCGCAUGAGGACGAGGGCCAAGGUGCUUCCAGCUAGCCUGGGGGAGCAGUGUGCGGCGGCGGCGGCGCUAGGGCAGCUGCUGAGGUUGUAUCGCGACCGGGAGGGCUUCCAAGGGACCGCUCUGGACCUGCUGCAUGCGGCUGCGGAGGCACGCAGGCAAGCCCACCAGGGGCCACCGCAGCGGCAGCUGCAGCAGGCGGCGACCACCAGCCCCCACCACUCGCUGCACCGCCCGAGGGUCCCCUCUACCGCCUCCAGCCCCGCCGUCGCAGCUGCCACCGCAGCCACCGGCACCGCCGCCUCGGCUGCUCAGCUGCCGGUGCAGCAGACGCAGCAGCACACGCUGGCGUGUGUGUCGUCGGCCACGGGCGGCUCCCUCAUUCCGCUGAGCUGUCUACUUGUUGGCUGGCCCGCAGCCGCCCUCCCCACACCCACAGCUGCUGUGGGCACUGCUACCGCGGCAGCGGCGCCAGGAGCAGCAGCUACUACUGGCCCGCUGGACCGCAGGGAUUCGGCAGCGCUGCUGGCGACAACGGCAGUGGACGCAACGACGGCGGCGGAGACUGCGGGAUCCGCGGCCGCAGCAGCGGUAGCAGCAGCAGGAGGAGACGCAUCACUUUACGGCACUGGGACAGAGGCCCUUGCGGCUCGGAAGGAGGAAGCCGCGGCGGCGGAGGGGCACCCCGCGGCGGGUGCAGGUGCGGUGGGUCCUGGUUUCUUGCCCGGCGGAGACGGCAUUCGGAGUGGUGACUCCGGCAGCAGCUGGAGUUGGUUGCAGGAGGCCCAACUGGUGACUCAGCCGCUGCAGGUGGCCAUGCUGAUUGCCGUACAGCUACUAGCGCUCGAACAACUGGCAGCAGCGGCGUCCAGUUGCUGUCCGGAGGUAACCGCAGGUCCCCAUGCGCCAUCCUUUCCUGCACCACUAGCACCGCCGCUAGCAGCAAAAGAGGCAGCGGCAGCGGCUCCGGCAGCACCAAGUACGGCAGGGGUGUUGCAGUUGCUAGCCGGGCUGGACGUCCAUGCAGAAGCGGUGGCGGCGGCGGGGCUGCUGCGGGCGCUUGCAGAGCACAGCGGAGCACUGGGAGGCGGUCAGGGCAAGGCUGCCGCAGCGGUGAGGCCGCCGCAGCCGCCGCCACCACACCUGUUGCCCGGCGUCCUUGAGGUGUUGGCGGCAACAGGCGCCGUCAGGUGCAAGCCUGUCGCGGAGGCAGCAGGUACGGCGCUGGCGGACGGGAAGGCUGAGGAUGCUGCGGGGCGAGCAGGGCAGGGAGAGCGCGGGCUGGUUGGCUGUGGGCCAUUGGAUGCGCUGCUCGCGUCGGCGCUGCAGCAAGCCCGGUCCGCCCUGUCUGAGCUCGCGGCGCGGCUCAUGGGGCUGAUGUUAGUGGCCGUAACCGAGCAGUCACGACACGAGCACGGCGGCGUUGCUGCUGCUGCGGUGGACGCGGGAGCCGGGGCGGCCGGCCAAGGCCGGCCCAGCUCCGACCCGCGGGUCACCGUCGCCUACAUCGACUCGCUCCGCCAGGCGCUGCUGCUGACGUGUCAUUUCUUGCCGUACGGUGAGGUGUACGACAGGGUGCUCCGAGAAGCAGUUGCAGUGAUUGGGGUCCUGAUUGCCGGCGGAUCAACAGCGGCAGGUGGCGGGCAGGGGCGGUCUGGUACGGCGUCGGCCGAGGCGGUGGCAGCCGCAUUGCUGGGUGCAGAGGGCCUUCCCACAGGAACCGUGGCGCCCCUUGGUGACGCUGCAGCCUCCGCUGCGGGAUCGCCUGUGGGCCAGGGGAGCGCUUUUGCGGGGCCGGCGGCGGCACCGCCCCUUGCUCCUUCCCACGCCCUCCCUGCAGUCCCAAGCCCUGGCGGCGGUUCCCGGGACCCUGCAACGGACCUGCCGGCGACUGAGCCCCAGCCUAAUGGUUUGGAAGCGGGGACCGCUGCGGGGACCAAUAGCAUGGCAAGCACCAUCACCGCCGUACGGCUGCUGCUGGAGCUGAUCCAUGACGUUGCCUGUCAGGCCUUGGGCAGCACCGCCGCUGCUCCUGCUGGAGAACCGCCGGGUUUAGGCGGGGGUUUGGCUGCACCGGCUGAGGCAGCGGCUUUGCGUCUGGGCUGUGCGGGCCUGUGUGAGAGCCUGUCAGGGCUGCUGCCGGCGCUGCUGUGGCUGAAGGAGGAGAGGGCGGGUCCGGCGGCUACUGAGACGCCUCUGCAGCCGCCGCAGGGUGAUGUGGAUGGGCUGCCGGCGGUGUCGUCGCUAGGUGGAGCGGACUGCGGACGUGGCGAUGGCGGAGACGGGGAGGGGCUAUGUCGUAGGCGGCUGGAGGCUCUGGCGGCGCGGGUGGUGGUGACAGCUGUCCAGGUGUCGAGCAUGUGCUUGGCGGGGGCGGAGGCAGCGGUGGGAGAGUGUUUAGAUGGCUCGGCGGCUGGUGUGACGGAGGUGGUGGAGACUCUGGCAACGCAGCAAUUGCAGGAGUGCGUGUUGCGGGUGCUGCAAGGGGUGUACAGCUGGUUGACCCAUGGGUCGCUCGGGGUUGAGGGGACAGUGGUGGAGGCGCUGCCUGCCGCCCGUGUUGCAGAGGAGGGUGCCGGGGGUCGUGACGCUGGGAGGGCCGCGGUUGUGAGGUUGCUGCCGGCGGAUGUUUGGGAGCUACUUUCUUCGCUGGGCUUGCCGGCAGGCGGUGCAGGGGAGGGUGUACAGCAGGCGGCGGUUGCGGAGGGCUGGCGAGAGGUGGUGACUGGGGAACCGCAGCCCGUCGGUAUGGAGGAGUAAUGCCUCGUGGGGGGAGGCGGUGGGAGGGGUGCGGAAUCCGCCGGGGUGUGGUUGCUGAGCUUCGCAGUUUGUAGUUUUUUUUCCGAUGUGGAAUGUUACAGAGGUGGGAUAGGAUAGGAUGUUGCUAAGGAGGAAGAGGUCCUCCGUGGGGCUUUGAGGGCGUGGCUAAACGAAUGAGUCCUGCAUGAUGACUGUGAGCGAUGUACAUACCAGACAUGCAUGUGGAACUGGGCAACCUGCGAGGGCCACUUGUUGGUCAUAACUAGCUGCCAACUACUCGUUCGGACUGAAUUCGUGAACUGCUUUUCCAGGGCGCAACUGGUUUUAAAGGGUUGGCCAAGGAACGCCACACGGCGCUCUGUUGCUCGCGCGCCCUGUAAGCGUUGGUGAAGCAUGCAGCGUGUCCUUACAAUGUGUGGAUUACAGGCGCAGGCCCAGGUUCAUAUAGACCUCGUUUGCAUCGUGCGCAGGCUGAAGGUUACCGGUAUGUUGAAAUAGCUGGCCGCGAGGCGGAACGUACUGUGUUAUUGGCAUGUGCACGGGUAACGGCCCACUUCACAUGGCCCUGUUGCGCGCCUGCUUCUUCCUGCUGCACGUCUCAUGCCAUCAUGCCGGCAUAGCUGAACCAUGCAGGCAUAGUUAGUAAUACGGGUAAGACCGUCCGCACCGGCGUAUGUCACGGUACGGUGGGGACGCUACCGGUGUGUGCGUAUUCCUAAAGGCACAGCCCCAUUGUUCACCUGAAUUAUCAGCCACCAACACUUAACUACACACACCUUCCUACUCGCGGC